AUGUAUUCCAUCGCACCCUCUCCCACCCCCACACUUUUAUCAGACCCAGUGACCUCCACCCCACCCGACACUUCCGCCCCAUCAAUCUUCCGCUACAUCAUCGGUUUCCUCCUCAUCGGUGUCGCCUGGGGCUUCACAACCCCAUUCAUCCGAGCCGCCGCGCGAACCCACCAACCGCCCUCUCACCCCAUUCUCUCAUCCCCCGCGGUGACCAAAUCUUUCGUCAAAUCGAAGCUCUAUGGCGCCUUCUUCGGAGUCGUGGAUCUUUUGCGAAACCCCAGAUAUGCGAUUCCAUUGGUGAUCAAUUUGACGGGCAGUAUUUGGUUUUUCUUGUUAAUCGGCCAGGCUGAGCUCUCCCUAACAGUCCCCAUCACAAAUUCUCUAGCGUUUCUCUUCACAGUAUUAGGAGAGUGGUGGGUGGAAAGAAAAGUAAUCAGUCGCGAUACCUGGAUUGGUAUGAUCUUGUCGUUAUGUGGCAUUGCGCUCUGUGUCCAUAGUAAGACGGGAUGAGCCUUCCUUGGGAGUUAUUUUUGGAUCACAUUUUCGGGAGUGGGGGAUCUGAUAUUCGAUAAAUGAUAUCGAGGAAGGAUCAUAUGGAAGAAGAAGUCGAUCAUGUGAGGUUUCUGGAAGUGGUAUACAUAUUUGAUUUUGCCGCCGUACGAGGCUGGUAUAUUCUCUUUGCUUACAAACUGAUGUAAAGAUCGUAGUAGGAUCCAUUAUAUUGGAUACUAGCAAGUUUGAUUAGGCAAAUGUCACUAAUGUCACAU